UCUCUCUCUUAAAGGUAAAAAAACUUUGGUCAGGUCUUGAACUGUGACCUAAAUUCAAAUUACAAAAUAAGCCUACUGCCACCUUUUAAAAUAUAGUGAGUUAAAACAUUUCUCUCUGCCACCAAUACAAAUGGGUCCAUACCUUCAUAUUUAGGGAGGAGUACUGUAAAAGAGACAGAUGCUUAUCAUCAGAGUAAAACCUGCAGAGCUCUGCUGCUGCUCUUACCUCACCAAACACUUCCCCUUCAGUUCUCAGGAAACAACACUAAGCUGUAUCAGGAACCAACAAACCACUAACAUUUCAUCAUUAUCCCCUGUAUGGACAUAUUGCACAAGGGGUACAUUUCUGGUGUACGAGCAGAUUGACUAAUUUCAGCAUUUUAAUUGAUUCUAUAAACAUUCCUUCUGUGUGAGGAGUUUACAUUUUGACCUGAAGCUUCUCCUGUUGAACUUUGAAUGAAAAGGGGUUUGGUCCAACAGACAACAGAUUAUCUCCUCAUCAUCUGUGGGGCUGAGAACUCGUCUGAAAGCUCAUCAGUGGCUCAAGUACUAUAUCUCCACGCUGAACCACAUCUGGCUUUUUGGCUGUUAAGAUAUCGUCAAGAAAUUAAUUAGAUGAAAAGUUGAUCUGUGAAUUCAGCAGCUGAAAGGAAGAUACACUUUACUCAGAAGGGGAAGUAACCGCUGUAUCUCUCCUAAAGAAGUCAGAAACGUUGACAGUCGAGGGCGAGAGAACAAGAGAGAGAGACGGAGAGGCACGAUGGCUGAAUUCAGACGGAUUCAAAUAACUUUAUUUGUGAUUCUGCUGCUUCAGUUUACAGCAGUAGCUGGACAAAAACCCCUCUCUGUCACUGUCAGAGCUGGAGAUGAAGUCACUCUGCCUUGUGAAAAUGUGAUAAUUCAGGACUGUAGUACCACUACUUGGCUUUUUCGUCAUGAACGGGAAGCAUCAGUAGAGCUGAUAGAGCAUGGGCAGAUUAAAGAUGGGAUUCCCAAAUCUAAAUCAGACAGACUGAGUGUUACAGAGAAAUGUUCUCUGGUUAUAAAGAAUGUCACAGAGGAGGAUGUUAGUCGUUACACCUGCAGACAGUUCAACAAAUCAGGACAACAACAAGAUCCAGAUGCUGUGGUUCAUCUGUCUGUUGUCAACAUGGAAGAACAGAAGAACACUGAUGAUACAGUCACCUUGAUCUGCUCUGUGUUGACUGAUGCUGGGUGUGAACACACAGUGAAGUGGCUGUAUGAGGGGAAUGAGAAUGUCGUGGAGAUAACACCUCAUACCUGUUCAGCCAGUGUGACAUUUCCUCCUCAUCUUAAUCAGAAGUUACUGAAGUGUAACGUGACAGAUAAGAAGAAUGGAAACACGUUGCUGUGUAAUGUCGGCCCCCAGUCCUCUUGUAAGAAACCAGGAAACACAACAGUGGGAACAGAUAACAAAUCAACAAAAGUACAGUGUGCAGCUCGUGUGUGAGAUCCUGACAGAGCUCCAGCUCAGCGGGUCUGUGAAGGGGGAGAGGCUGACAGAGAAGGCAACAA